CCAGUAUGGCUGGUGAUCCUUGAAAUAUUUAUAGGGCUUGCAGCGAGGAUUAUCGAGUCAGCUGGCGAAGGCCUGCGCUUAAUAUUAAGGCCAGUCCCUAUCAUACAACCUAAACACUGUGAGAGCCAGCACACCAAAAGGUAGCGCGCCUUUACCCUUAAGAGGGCAGCCGCCCUCGGGCGCACCUGCGUCAACAUGCAACAAGGAGGGCCUCUCCGCAGCGUAACAAACACGUCGGGCGCGCCGCUGACCGCCGCCUGUCCUGCGGGCAAGCAUCCGAACGCCACUAGCCAGCGAGCAGACACCAAGGGCGCGCCACCCCCAUCACUCACGGGGUUAAUGCAGCACCAUGUUGUGCCCGCCGGCGGCUACGAUGCGAGCAAUGCAGCGGGUGGCCCCGCCGCCAAGAGGCCCCGUGUGGAAGAUGUGCUGCAACAGCACGCGCCCCGUGAGCAACUGCUGGUGUCGGAGCUGAUGGGCUGGCGCAGUAGCCAGCAAGAGCCUUCAGCCAUGGGCGCCAGUAUUCUCGGAAACAACGCAGUGGCCGCAGUGACUGGCGGGCAAACAGACUUUCGCGCCCUGUUCUCGAGAGGUGCACCACAAGUGCAAGCGCCCGCGAUCCAGAACGCCCCAGGAGGUCUGAAUGCGGCGACGGCAGGCCUGCGGACAUUCGCAGACGUGGCAACGCGGCCUGCAGUAGGCCCAGACGACGUAGGGCGCAUGGACGUGAUGGGCGCCAUGCGCGCAGCGUACACGACAGCUGGCUCGGCGGUGGCAACAGCCCCGCUGGGUCCCGGCUGCGACGGCGGUGCCGGCUCUGGUCCCGACACCGCGGGGGGUGUGGCCGCGGGCACCGCUUCAAUAUGUCUGGAGAACCUGACGCCUGACCAGGUGCCUGUGGACUGGAGCAUAAAGCGCAGUCUGACCUUCAGCAGCCACGCUCCCUUCACCGUACACGAACGUGCGCAGCAGGCACCAGCACGCGCAAGGUGGCGCGCGAUGCAGGGCGUCGUAAACCUUGACCUGGACUCACUGAAUGACGAUCCGGCCGCACAGUACCUAGGCUGCCAACUCAGCUGGCGCCACCCUGAGAUUGUGCUGGACCCCGCCAGCAUCUGUGCCGCCGCCCGCAGCGCUGUAGCCCCGGCGUCCACAGCCGCAUCGGCGGCCGCUGCCCAGGCCGGUGCCGCGACCAACUUUGGUGGCGGUGCGUUGGCCAGCAGCGGCGGCGGCGGGGCGAGCGUGCUGACCUUGCGCCUGGCCGCCUGGCGUAAUGCGCUGCACAGCCUGUACAGCAGCUAUCGCAGCGGCACCUGUGAGCUCUUUUACGUCGUAAACCCGGCUCCCAAAGGCCCCUACGCGGCCCUCUUCGCCGCCAAAGGCAUCCGCGGCUGCAAGGAGGUCUGCGCUGUCGUCUCGCAAUCUACACGGCUACUGCGCAACCGCCUUUCGGCGGGUGGCGUGCCCUUCACCAUGCCUCUGCACGAACAGCAACAGCCGGCGGCCGCACCAGGCGGAGACAUGGCAGCGUCAGCUGCCAAGGCGGAGGAACAAGCGGAUGGCGACCUGUGCGACGAGAACCCGCAGAACAAUGCGCCAGCGGCCCAGGUGCUGGGCACAGGUGUGGCAGACAACAGCCGGCAGUCGCUGCUGCUGAUGCGGGGGCCGCGUGCCGUACACGGGCUGUACGACUUCCUGCUGAACGACACCGGCUACCCGGGGCUGGGCAAAUCGGGCAGCACAGGGGUGGGGCUGGCGCCGGGGGCAUCGGCUGCUGCAGCGGCUGCGGCGCAGGAGGACGUGGCGGAUCUGCCCAUGCUGCUGGCGCCCGCACCGUUCGAGGGCGGCGCGGCCUGGCGGCCUACCAUCAAGGCGCUGACCAUGGCCAAACUUGACGGCGCAGCUGCGGGGCAGGCUCCUCAGCCUCACGGCGCUGGAACGGGCGACGCGGGGACAGCGGUGACGCACGUGCUGCAGCUCAACGGGCCGUUGCCGCCCUGGACAGUGCGCCGCAUGUGCGGUCUGCUGUCGCAGCUGCAUCACGCGGGCUACAGCGUGACCGUGGAGGCGGAGGCCUACAGCAUCCCGCUCAACAGCACAGUGCUGGAGCAGCCGCCAGGAGACGCGGGCGCCGAAGUGCGGCCCAUGUUCACGCAGGGGGGUGCGGUGACGCUGGAGGAGCUAAUUGCCUGGCACCAGCCGGUGGUGCUGCCGGCCGGCCGGCCGGUGAAAGGCAUGACAUGCAGCGAGUCACAGCGGCUGAGUGUGCGCCUCUAAGGAGUGUGUGCAGGUCGAGCGGCGAUGCGCGGGUUAGCAAUGUUCAGGGCAUGCGUUUCGGCCUUCCGGGGAUACGUUCUGUUUAUGGCGUGCGGAUGAGACUCGACUACUGCUUAUUGACCGGUAUUUAUUCACAAAUCAUCGCUGUCAGCGCGCUGCAAGUAUUCAUUUGUGGAUGUCGUAACUUUUUGAGCACGCCGCGUUCAAGCAGCAGAACGGGACUACCGUAAAUCGAGGUCGGUGGCGCGGUCUAAGGGCACCCAUCGUUACCAUGUUAUCGGGUGCGGAUGUUCGUGCUGCGUGGCUGGAGUGAAGGAUGCAACACACAUAGAGCGAGCGUGUAUGUGCCCGGCAUCAGCACGGCGGAAUAGCAACUGAGUGAACUUGCGCGUGGCACGGUGCCUUCGCACCUAACCACCUCUUCUGACUCCGCACGCAUUCGCGUUUCGCACUUGAAGCAUCUUUGGUGCGUAGGACGCUGCUUGUGACGGCCACGGGCGCCAGCUGCACGCUUGCAUGUCGCGCCAAAGUUUGUGCCUCGCAAGCCAACCGUUCGCAAGAUACCGACGGACAUGGAUCGGUGUGUGGGCCAGAUCUACAUGCGCACCCUAAGCAUAGGGCGUGGGGUUGGCAAUUUGGCAUGGCACAGUACGGUACAUGGCCUAGAGGACCUGAGUAAGGGUGCCAGACAUCUGUUACUGUGCAGGAAACAUCAGCGCACCGCAGUGCGAAUGCAGGUCACGCACUUCAAUGUCGCGCACUACGCAUAUGGGGCCGAGGCUUCUGAGAACUGGGCCGGGCCAGAAGGGCUCGGCUUUGGGGCUGUGGGACCGCCGGACCGGGCUGCAUGGAGCUGGAGCGUCGGGUUGGAAGGCCAUGGGCCUCGUCAAAUUGCAAGAAGGCGACCACUCGAUUGUCCCAGUAUAAGAACAUAAUAGCUCGUUUCACAUACGCAGGUGGCAGCGCGGGCCGCAGGCCAGUACAUUUGGUCACAGAAGACCAAGUCUGCACUGCUGGCAUGGCUGGCGGAACAGGGUCCGGGCAGGCUGAAGUGGGCCAAAGCAGUUCAGUACUUGCAGGCGCUAGACUGCGAGUUGCCAGACAAGACUGGCACGGAGCUGCAGAAGGCGGUCAUGGACGCUGGCAGCAAUCUCAAGAGGCAGCUUGGGAAGCAGCCAGCGCAGGCUGUGGUGGCGGCAUCGGGAUCGGGCGACGAGGAGGAGCCAGCGGGUGGCGGCACCGGGAUCGGCAGCGGCGGCUGAAGCCAAGGGCGUGGCUGGCACUGCGGAGUGUGAGGGUUGGCGAAGAGUUUAGAGCCAGGCGCAGGACCAGGACAAAUGCGCCAGCAGGACAGGACAGGACAAGACAGGGUUGGUAGGUGCGCGGGUUCAGGGUUUCGGGCCCUGGAGGUGCAGGUGGGAGCAAAUGGGACGCGGUGUGCAUGUCAUGACGCAGAAUAAGCACUUUCCCGUGGAUACGUGGGAGCAGUUGUGGACAGCACGGGUUGGAUGUGAGCUGUGGAGAGUCAUGUGCGCUGUGCAGGAUGCGUGGCAUGAAAUGAAGCAAGGCGGAAACGGGGGGGUUGAUGUGUGAGGUUAGCGAGACAGAGGCAUGACAAGGGUGACAGAGGCAAGACAAGGGUGACUGCGUGACUUGAAUCGAAUGCUGUGCGACAACAGUGCGCAAUCAACUCAGGCAACGGUGAGAUGCAAGCCGAUCCCCGUGGGAGCGUGCUGGAGUCGUUAGCAUGUACGAAUGCGUGAUUUUGGACAGACGUUGGUUAGAAGGCAAGUGCGGCGUGCGAGAGCGUGCUGACGUUGACCCUCGGUUUGUGCAGUGAAUUGAGAAUGUGCGAAU